UGUCCCGUCCGAGGCACUCGUCCCAAUUUCAACUUCCACCGAGAGGGGUAUCUUUGUUUUGAGUUGAACCCUCCACCAUCACACGAAAAGAAAAAAAAAUCAUACAAUCCAGGAUUACUUAUUCUACCUUGUUGAUGUUUGUUCAUAUGUCACUGCUAUACUUUGUCUAGAACAAGAAAAAACAAAUCUGUCAAAUUUGUUGUACAAAAAUGAGUACGCAGCUUCAUCUCCUUGCUAGUCAUCUCCCUAAUCAUUGUAUUUUGUUGCCACCAACGUCAUCAUCUUCCUUGUACACAUUUUCUUCAUUGAAUUGUUCAAAAUGUUCUGGGGAAAACAGAGUCUUAGGCCUGGGUAGAUCCUUUUUGGGUUUGAAUGGAAGACUAUUAACAAACAGGAGGGUAAUUAAAAGAAAGAGAGAUUUUUCGGGCAUAAAAGCAUCAGCAGGAGGUGCAGUAUGGGAUGGUUGGAUGCCAGAAAAGACCUCGAAAGCUCCUCCACUAAGCGACAUUUUUUGGCCUUCUGCAGGAGCAUUUGCGGCAAUGGCAAUGCUAGGAAAGAUAGACCAAAUAUUGGCACCCAAAGGGUUAUCUAUGACUAUAGCUCCACUAGGUGCUGUUUGUGCUGUCCUCUUUGCCACCCCUUCUUCUCCCGGUGCUAGGAAGUACAAUAUGUUUAUGGCACAAAUCGGUUGUGCAGCCAUUGGUGUUUUAACAUUCACAAUAUUGGGCCCAGGUUGGCUAGCUCGAAGCACAGCCCUUUCUGCUGCGAUGGCUUUCAUGAUUUAUACUCGAUCUGUUCAUCCUCCUGCUGCAAGUUUACCGCUACUGUUCAUUGAUGGAGCUAAGUUAAAUCAGCUCAACUACUGGUAUGCUCUGUUCCCUGGAGCUGCCGGAUGCAUUCUUCUCUGUUUAAUUCAAGAGAUUGUAUGUUACCUGAAAGAGAAUGUCAAAUUCUGAUCAGAAAUGGCAUGGGAGCUGUAUUAAAAUUCUUUUGCAUGGUGAAAAGUGAAACGGGGAUUCACCAAUUCUGCAAGAAUGCAAUCACGGAUUCGACGAAAAGUGAAUACCCGUGCAACGUCAAGGGGAUAACUUCGAUUUAAAUUUGUGAAUAAGAUAUGAUUCUCAUUCAACCCAGAAAUUGUAAUUGUGAAUGAGAUAUGAUAUCUGGAAAUGGUUGUGUCACGGAACUAACCAUGAUAUUCUUUUGCUAUUAAAUAUUAUUAUAAGAUAUCACUAAUUUGUGAUCAUAACUUCAUAAGCUA